AUGCCGUCAUCCAACUCCAGCCAGCAAUUGCGUCUCGGAGGAUUCUCUCCUGCUUUCAGGCCCAGCGGCAGGCACAGACCCGGUCUGGUGCCCGUUGCUUCUCACUCUUCCCAAUCACAAUCCAUCUAUGAAUCUCAAAGCCAGGCUUUUGGAGGUCCAGUGGGGUCUCAGUACCGAGCAUACACUCAGUCUCAGGCCGACGCGCAGUCAUUCGAAGAGUCAGAAGAACGAGGAGAAGGAUCUCAACCUAAGCGCAAGUCUCGAGCUACCCCUCGGCCAAAAGAGAACAGACCUUUGUCCGCUCUGGCCAGAGGAGCAGGAGGCAAGGGCAUAGAGGACUUGAUAGCCUCGCCCAAAGGCUCUCCCUCGAAGCGCAUCCUGGGUCCCAGUUUAAGAAUCAUGAUUCUGGAAGACAAGCUCUCGUCUGAGGAGGUAGAAGAGCUGCAAAACCUUGUCCGCACUUUGGGCGCCGUAGUGGCGAGAGCAGACCUGGCUAAUUUGGUGCUCAGUGAGGUCAAAGCUCCAGCUAGAGUGAAGAGGGCUAUUGGUGCAGACUUGCAAGAGCGGGAAGUCCCGGUGGUGCACAAAGAUUGGCUUCUUGCUUGCAAAGUGCAGAGGAUACAGCUGCCCUUUGAUGACUUUAGGGUUUGGCCAAAGAAAGCGACAUCGCGCUCUGUCUCUCCAGCCAAUGCUACAAAUGCAGAUUCCUUGGAAAGCAAGCCGGCGAGGAAGAGGAAGAAGACGGCUGAUCCCGAGCCAGAUCUGGCAGGCGCCACUGCGACGAGCGAAACGCAAGAAUCUAGGACUGAGUCUGAGUCUGAUUCGGUCGACAUGGCCAGCACUCCGAGUCGAGGUCGAGGAAUACCCUGCAGGACAGCCUCGGCCGGCGAGACAAGUGAGGCAGCCUCCAACAGCCCGAACGCCGUCUCGACGCCCGAGAAUUCUAAAAAAGGCUCUCCCGCUGAGAAAGCUUUGGGCAAGCGCAAGGAGUUGGAGUCAGCAGGUGGCCAAGCCGGCGAUGAUCAAACAACCACUGGUGCAGAGUGGGAUGAAGCAGUCCCAGAAUGGACCAAUCACCCUUACGCUUGCUUCAGACCCACACCUCUGAAGUCGGUGCACAAUCAGCGACUGGUCGAUGAACUCGAAGUAAUUCGAACCAGUCGCAAUUUGACGUCCACCGCUUCGAUCCAAGACCAGCACAACUCGGCAGCUUAUGCUCGAGCAAUCAGCUCCAUCAAAGCGUAUCCUCAUGACCUGGCACAGAAUGUCAGGGCGGCCAAGGACCUCAAGGGUGUUGGGGCGAAGAUAUACAAAUUGGUCCAGCAAUUCUACGAGCUGGGCUACAUCGCAGAGGCGCAAAGCAUCAAAGAAGACAAGAGCUUUGCCAUCAUGAGGAGCUUCAUGGACUUCUAUCAGGUGGGACCGACGAGAGCUCGAACAGCUUACCAAGCAGGCGCGAGGACACUGGAAGAUCUCUGCGCAGGUGGGGGAUCUUACACCGAAAAGAUCGGAAGGGAAGAGUGUUUGAGGGUACUUCCCGAUCUGGUACAGCGCAUGAAUAGGAGCGAAGUGGAAAGGAUCGCGGAAACCAUUAGCAAGGAGUUCGAAGAGGUCUUGCCACGGGUUGAGUACACAAUCGCUGGUAGCUACCGGAGAGGCAAGCCUACCAGCUCGGACGUGGACCUAAUCAUUACCGACACGUCGGACGAUGGAAAGGAGAUGUUGAGCAACCCCAACACUCAGCUCUCGAUGCUGAAUCACGUUCUCGAUAAUUUGAAGCGCAAGGCAUAUUUGACUCACAUAGUAGGUGCACCUUCGCGCGACGUAAAAAUCGGAGACAUCAAAGCGCCCAAGAUUCAGAUCGCCGAAAUAGUGGUGCUCCCGACGUCUUCGACCGGCGAACGACCGAUUCAUCGAAGAGUCGACGUGAUGCUAACAAAUCCUCAAGUGUACGGAGCGACGAUUGUGGGUUGGACAGGAAGCACCAUGUUUGAGAGGGACAUCCGAAGACAGGCCAAGGAUCUAGGGUUCAAAUUCCAUUCGCAUGGCCUGGUGAGGGUGGAGAAUGAGAAGGUGGCCCUCAGUACGCCUACAGAGCAGGACGUCUUCGAUUUGCUCAAGCUGCCCUUUAUGCCUCCUCACUUGCGCAACUGCGAUGCGUAG